UCGCGAGCUUCGAGGGCGGUUCCGUCGCUGCCUGUUGAGCGAAAUUAAAAAUGGGUAUAAGAAAAGCGACAAGAAAAUAAGUACGAGGCGUUUAACGGGUCGAUUUGACACAGGCUGUCAGUCGGAUCGCAUUGACAGGGAUGAAUUUCACCUCGUCGAUUUAUUCUCUCUCGUUCGUGACUCCACCGUACACUUUCGAUUGCCCGUCCGGUAAGAGAUGAAAUCCGUAUCUGCAGUGGCACUCGUAGCUCCCGGGUAAGUUUGUGCAGAGCUGACCGCAUGGCUUCUCGGUCACGCACUCGUCUACGUCUGCACACGUGGAAGAGAGAAAAAAAUAACAAUUAAAUACGAAUUUCAAGCUCCACGGUCACGCGAGACUCUUCUUCUUCUUCUUCGUUGCCUUUUCCUCCUUCUUUCUUCGUCGCCUCGUAUACUUUGAUGCCAAAAUCAAAUUGUUACACGCAGUGAUUGACUCUUCGCAAGUAAUUGACUGAGCAACGAGUGACGCCAAAAUUAUGUGUUUAACGAAUGUGCGAAAGAGAAAAUGAGUAUUUCAUUUAACUUCGUUUCAUUACAUUUGGAUGCUGUUCCUCUGGUCGAGGGAACCUGUGCCUAGUCCACGAGCUGGUCCGUGGCUCGCAUGGUUCGCGACAGCUUUCGUGCUUUGGCGUUGCAGACGUCGCAUAGCCAAAGCGAUCCUCGCAGUAUCGCCGCUGCGUUUAUUAAAGCGUCGUUGCAUAGCACCGGUCCACCCACAUGGAGUUUAUGUGCGAAGAUCAUCGAACAGAAUUCACCAAACAUCGACGAGGUCAGCGACAACGACGACGACGAAUACGCAGCGCGAGCACAACAUCAUCGAAAAGGAUCCGAAACUGAGUCUCAUACUCAGUCCGAAACACACGACGGGCAUAAAAACCCGAGUGAAGCGUUUGUGCACUGGGGAUGGUCCACACGUUUCCGGUUGCGUACAAACAGCCCAACAAGUUAAUUAUCGGGUCACGAGAAGCGGCAGAGUUUACGGAAAAUAUCCCAACAAAAGUGCUACUCAGUCGAUAUCAUAAGUCGAUGAAAAAUAAAAUAAAAUUUCAAGCACUCUCCGAAUUACCACUAAAUUUCAAAUGCAAGUUUCGUUGUCGAAUGGAACCUCGAAAUUAGACUUUUCUCUCGAAAAUUUUAUCGAACUUGUAUACGAAAUAUAUUUGUGCAGAAAUCCAACCAGCCUACUUAGCAAGUGUAUAAAUUUCUUUUCUCUGUAAAAUUCUGUAAACAGUCGUGAAACACUUUUUUAAUCACGUUCGUUCAAUCGUUGUCCUGUAGCCUGUGCAGGGAGAAGAUUAAGGGGUCUACCUUGAUUAGACGGGCAAAAAAAACACUAUUUUCACGAAUUUUUUUGACCGGUAUAAAUUAUAAAUAUGGAUAUAAAAA